CUUGGGGUGAGGUUGGCGAUACGAUCGGAUAUAACCCAGCGACAGGUGGUGUCUUCUUCACCAAAAACGGCUUAUUCUUGGGUAACGCGUUCACCGGUUUACAUCACAUUUGGUUCCCUACUAUUGGAUCCACGGGUCCGUGUUCGAUCCAAACAAACUUUGGAGAUAAUUAUGAUUGUUUUUAUAGAUACGAGAACGCCAUAGGCUACGGACCCGGUGGUCCCUUGAUAAAACGGAAAGGUGGUCCUCCUGGAGGACUUAGCAGACGGCCAAGACCUAGUAGAAGUAGUAGUGUGCGAAGUUCGCGAAGUGUUAGAAGCAAUGGUGGAGGUUAA